GAUACGGCAUCUCUUGGCUAUCCCGCGCCCUAUCCGAAGGUUGACCGUCAGCGCCGCCCUCUCGUCACGGUUGCCUUCUAUUUCCCCCGAGACCGUUCAACUCCCUUUUCCUUUCGUUUUUCUUUCCCUCCGCCCCCGAACCUUCGCCCCUCGCAGCUCGAAGCUCCCCCUGUUUCUAUCCCUCUCGACCAAACCCAACUGUCUCAAGGCCACCGCGUUUCCAUUUGCUACAUAAAUGCCCAUUCCCAUGCCUGCGAGCCGAAGAAGCACAACCCCAGUUCCAGACCACCAGAGGUACAAACAUCUUCUUCAGCCAGACCACCAGAGGUAGAAAUGAUGCUCGCAGUCCCCAAGGACGUUAUUCCCCUUGGCCCAUCCUGCUCGUCGGCACCGCUCGACGUGCAGAGCAAGAAUCCUCCGUCGUUUAUCAGCAAAUUACGGGUCCUGCUGUCGCCGAAGAAGAAGCCGGCCGCGCUAUUGCGAGUCCCUAGCGGUAGCACCAUCUCGAGGCUGUCGACGUCGUCGGGUGGCAGCGAACGCGAGCUGGAGCGAGUGUUCCGCUAUUUCGACGAAAACGGCGACGGUAAGAUAUCGCCUGCGGAGCUUCGGAGCUGCAUGAGGACGGUGGGGGAGGAGCUGUCGCAUGAGGAUGCGGAGGCCGUCGUGGCGUCGUCGGACUCUGACGGCGACGGCUUGCUUUGCUACGACGAUUUUGUGAGGCUGGUGGACGUGGAGGAGGAGGAGGAGAAGGUGCGGAGCUUGAGAGAGGCGUUCCGGGUGUACGAGAUGGACAACCAAGGGCGCAUCACCCCCAAGAGCCUCAAACGGGCGCUCGAAAGGCUGGGGGACUCCAGGACCACCAAGGAGUGCAUGGCCAUGAUUCGAAGGUUCGAUCUCGACGGCGACGGUGUGCUGAGCUUCGAGGAAUUCAGGGUCAUGAUGCUCUAAAAGAGACCAUGUACCCCUUGUUGUAGAUUAUGUUGAGAUCAUGCAGUGAUUCUUUCGCCUCGAUCAUUAAUCCCGAUCGAGCUUCCAAAUUCUUUCAUUUGUAUUCUUUGUAUGUUUACAUACAAGACACGACGAUAUUCUUGCAUCAGGCGAUGUCCGAGUCCUGAUGAUAUAUGGUCCAUAAAAUUCUCUCUUUAUGCAGAAAGAAAAAUAAGAUUUGAAGAAUUACUUAAAUUUGAGCAAA